GGACGAGGGGGAAGGAACUAUCAGCAGCACGCGGAGCAGGGGGGACAGAUGCAACAGUGGCAAUCAGUUGAAGGGCAAAAUCAAAAUGCCACGGGCAACUCAGGAAUUUUGGGAUCUGCCCCAACGACCCUGUCAGCGCCUCCUGGAUUCGAGAAGCGGGCAGUUCAAGAAGAAUCUUCAGCUGCUACAGCUGCUACAGCUGGCCCGUCUGGCCUUGCUAUCCCUCCUGGCUUUGACACCUCAUCCUCCUCCCUAUCCUCCUCGUCCGCCUCUCUUGCUUUCCCUCCAGGCUUUGGCUCAUCCUCGUUACAGCCUGCCUCGUCAAGAGCCCCUCCGGGAUUCGCACCACGCCAGCAAGUUGUAGCCGCAGGUUCUCCUGAAGCCACGACAGCAUCAGCUGCUACAACAUCUGUAGCGGGUGUUGCAAUGCUCAAUACAGCAUCUGCAGGAUCGGCUGUAGCAGCACCUGUGGCAGCAGCGGCUGUAGCAGCAGCUCAGGAGGAGGAGCCGUUUUUGUCUUAUCUGCCACAGGAUGAGAUCCUGGCGGGUGGGGUAUGCAGACUGGGAGGUAUGGUAAGCGGUUCGGCAGGAGGUUCGGAUGGAGGCUUGGUGGGAGGUUCGGCAGCAGGUCUGGCAGGGGUGGAUUCGGGGGAGACGCAGAGAAUGGUUGAUCGGACGGUGGAGAGGCUCCGAGAGAUGCUGAGAUUGCCAGCUAAGCAGUUCUGGAGAUCAGUUGCCCGCACGCCCUCUCUUGCAACGUUCCUCGAUUCGUACCUUCGCUUCCGGUCCAGGUGGUUCGACCUCCUGCUCUCUGCUGCUGCUGCUGCUACUGCUGCUGCACCCACUGCUGCUGCAAUGACAACUGCUGCAAAUUCUAGAGCAGUCAUCGUAGCAGGAGCGGAGGGGGAGGAUGGAGUAGGGAGCGGAGGAGAGGGGAGUGAGGGGUCAGGGAGGGGAGUGGUGGUGGGUGAUGAGGAGUUGUGUCGGCUGGUUUUCCUGCUGCUGCUGCGCAUGUCGUCUAAUAUCGAGUCUAAAGCCAAACCGUCAGUGCAGCUUCAAGCAAAGGACCAUGCGAACCUGCUUCUCUCCAUGCGUAUAUUCGAUGCACCCAAGCUGAUGGACAUUGCUGCUAUUUUCGGAAAGGCCAACCCAGCUUCAACAGAGCAGCUGGUGUGCAGGGUUCUGGUUUGCCAGCCUAAUUUCAGGGCCGAUCUUUCGUCGUCGUUACUGCAGCUGCUGCGGGUGGUCGAGGAAAUGGUUGCACGGGCAUGCAUUGUAAUGGAAAAGCACAGCAAAACGUCAUCGUCAUCACCAGCAUCAGCAGAGAUUCUCGAGGCUCUCUCCUACCUCUGCGAUUUCGCCUUCUCUCUCGACUCGCUCUUUGACGCCUACCCACCCGCACCCCUGCUCCUCCUGCAAGCAACCACAGCAGCAACAACAACAAAAGCAACAUCAGCAAGAACACCUGCUGCAGCAGCAGCAGCACCAUCAUCAGGCACCUCUCAUUUGAGACUCUUGCCUGUUGCGGCUCGGAUUCACGAUUCCUUCCUCCCUCUUCUCUUCCACUCAGUCGCUGUCAAUCAAGAGGCCAAGCCGUCACCCGGGCAGGUUUUGGGGCAGAUUCUUCAGAUGAAGCUGGAGGAAGUUGCAUGGAAGUAUCUCUGGGGCGCGUUUCUUGGAGGGAGGGGGUGUGCUGCUGCUUCUGCUGCUGCUGCUGCUGCUGCUGCUGCUGCUGUUGCUGCUGGUGCUGGUAGUACCAGUGCGAAGAUAAGCAGUAAUAGCAGGAGUAGGAGCCGCAACGGCAGCAGCAGUCACGGCAAUGGUGUUUUACCGCUGUGCCCUGUUUGUGAUGGUGGGGUCAAGGCGGGCAGAGGAAAAGAUCUAGGGUGCCCGUUGUGGGACGGGCUGCCUUGGCAGAAAGCGAAUUUCGGGCAGCUGCUAGUGGAGGAGGUUCUUGUGGCGCAUGGAGCGAGCUCGGGCAGGAAGGAUGUAAACAAUGAUGUGUGGGUUCCACUACUGCGGGCAGUUGAUGCAUCCUUUGGCCUUCGGGCAGCGAUUUAUGAAGAGAAGAUGAAAGGCAAGCUACCACUGGAUAACACGCAAUUCGAUACAGUCUCCGACAUCAUCGGCCCACCAAUCACCCUUCCACCUCCUCUUUCUACCAGCAUUACUAGUGGCAGCAACAGCAGCACUGCUCCUAACCUGCCUCCCACAGCAGCAGAUUUCCCCUCCCUCACUCCCUCCCUCUCAUCCACCUCCGAUGCUGAGUCAGCAGCACUCGAGCAGUCCAAAAUAUCUCUCGUGCGGGAUAUUUUUCCGGAUUUCGGGGAGGGGUUUGUGGGCGCGUGCCUGGACGUGUAUGGGGGCGAUGCAGAAGCAGUGAUUCAGCAUGUGCUGGAGGGGAGUCUACACCCGGACUUAGCUAAGCUAGACACUCAAUUAAAGGUGAAGCCAGGGAAGGCUGGUGGGGGUGGAACAGGGGAUGCUGGGACUGCUGGUUAUGCUGCUGCUGCGGUCGCUGCUGCUGGUGCUGCUGGCAGUGGUGGUGCGGGUGCUGGUAGGGUGGCAGGUAAGGGGAAGGGUAAGGCGGCGGUAGAAGAGGGAGGGGAAGAGGACGAGGAGGAGGAGGAGGAGGGUGCGGGAGGGUGGGGCGGAGUUGUGGCACAGCAGAAGGAAGUGGAGAGACAGUUGAAAGGUGAAGGGUCCAGCGCGGGUGGAGGUGCGGGUGGCUCAUGGGCAGGCAUUGCGCGAAAUACAGCUGCAGCUGCGGCUACAGCUGGUGCUACAGAUCCUGCUACAGCCUCUGCGACAGCUGCCAGCAGCAGCGUUGGCCGGUUUGUCCGGAGCAAGCGGGACGAGGAGUCGGUGGAGGAGGAGGUAUGGAAGCGAGGCUCGGCGGCAGGUACGGGGACAAGGAGGGAACAGGAGGCGGUGAAACGCUUUGUGUUUGAGUCGCAGUUCGAGUACGACGAUGAGUACGAUGACUCGUUUGAUGACCUGGAGGGGUAUGACGUGGCGGCGGGCGCCGGGAGUAGCGAGGUGGAAGAGGUGAGGACAAGGUUCGAUGCACGCGCUGCUGCUCGUGCUGCUGCUGCUGCUGGUGCUGGUGGUGGUGCUGGUGGGGGUUUGGAGGCUUCUGGUAAGAAACAGCCAUAUCAGCAGGAGCAUCAGGGAUUGGCUGAAGGGCAAUCGCAGGCCCAAGCACAGGCCCACGGCCCCCAGUUCUACGUGAAGGACGGCAAGAAUUACAGCUACAAGGUUAAGGGCUCCGUGGCUGUCGGAUCGGCGGCACAAGCGGCUGAGAUGAAGCGGAUCGAGGCGGGGCUGAUCCAUGGGCUGGGAGAAGGCGGUAACCGUGCCACAUGGGGAGCACCAGAGGAAGAGGAGGAGGAGGAAGAGGAGGGAGAGGAGGGGGACGAGGGUGGAGGAGAGGGGGGAGGGGCGGUUGGUGGUGUUUGGGGGGGCCGAGGAAGGGGAGGAUUUGUGGCAGCAGGAGGAGGGGGGGGGAGGGGUUGGAGAGGAGGGAGAGGGGGAAGAGGAGGAGGAGGAGGAGGAGGAGGGGGAGGAGGGCGGGGAAGAGGGGGGAGGGGAAGGGGAGGCGGAAGGGGAGGGGGAAGUGGAAGAGGAUGGGGUGGGCAGGGAGGGAGUGGUGGGGUUAAUGGAGCUGGCAAAGGCGGCGGCACCAGGGGUGGCAUUGGUGGGGGAGGCAACAGCACUAGUGGCGUGGGGAGAGGAAGGGAACUAUCUACCUCUCCAGCUUCUGCCAAUACUACUGGAAGCACGCCUCCCACCACUGGUGCUGGUGCUAGUUCUGGUUCUGGUGGUGGUGCUCGGGCUGGUGCUGCUGCUGCUGCUGGUGCCAGUGCUGGAACUGUCGUCGGGAAAAAAGAGCGAAAACCUUCUAACAAAGCAGGCCCGGGUUUUGGUGGAGUUUCUGGGCACCGCUGAUGGUUUACGAAGGAGCGAGUUCUUUCGAAUAUAUUCGUGUGAAAUGCCGAACGCCAUAACAUCCCUGUACCAGGGUGUUUGAUGCAUUGAUUAUGAACAUGGAAGUGAAAUUACAUCAUUUUAUGAGGCGAAUGCAUCAUGCAUUGAGAGCACAUGUACAAUUACAUUG